GCGGGCCGGCGGCUCAGCAGAGAGGCACAGGGCUGAGCGCAGAUGUAACAGAAAAACUUCUGAGUUUUCUCUUGAAGGUCUGAAACAAAGGACUUUAUGGAUGCAAAUGUUAUCAGACAGGAGGAAGGGUGGGCAGGACCCCCUAGAGAAUUGGGAUCUGUAGCAGGGUGUUUGAGAUGCAGAUACUGGGCUGCACCUGGGAGAUAUCUGGUAGAAGGGGGCAGGGCAGGGCAGGAUGUGAAGACCGGGCUGCCCCUGAAACAUCAUCAGGAUGACCCUGAGAUGCAGAUGCUGGACUUAGACGUCUUCUCUUUAGGCCUCUAUGUCGCACACACAGAAGCUCAUAACUGACUUCCUGCCUAAGAAACGGAGUAUCCUCCAGAACGCGGUCAGCUCCACGCGAGGCUGGUUUUCGUUCUGUCUUGGUUUCUGUUGUGCACAGUCAGCGCUCCAUCCCAGAGGGUGCCAGCUCGGGCGCUCUGCUGGGUGACAAGUGGACGGCGUGCGGACCGCAGCCCGAGGCCUGACCUGUGCUCCCGGCAGCCUCGCUCCCACUGGCAGGAGCUGAGAACAUGGCCGCUGCUCCCUGGUGGCCUUCUGGGCAGUGAGCACGGUUGCUCUGGGCCUCAGCUUUGCCUCCUCUGACCCCCGCGGGGCUUGUGGGAACCAGGCCUCUCGCUAGGCUCACUCCUGGGCCAGAGCCUGCUCCGGAGGCUGCGGCUGGCUAAGCCUGGCAUGCAGUGCGCCACACUGCCCCACCCCCACUGCCCGGCAGCCUGUUCCCGGCCGCAGCUGCUUCUGCCCGCCGGGCCUCCGAGUCCCGGUCACCCUCCCCCGUCCGCCCCUUCCUGUGCCCUGCAGCCCACGUGGCUGGAGCCCAUCUGCACACCCCCCUCAUUCUCCAGCACCGAGGCCAUCCAGGGACAUUCCUCCGGCCAUCUGGCCAUGGUGUCUGUGUGCGGGGGAGGCCCCGGCCAACAAGGCGGAGCUGCAGCUUUGGGGAGGUGGACACAGAGGCAGCCAGGGCUGUGGACGGAGCAGAGGAGGAGGCUGCGGUACCAGUGCCGCUUCAUCCAGGCACCUGGCCCUGUGGCGUCUGCCAGCUGGCGGGCGGGGUCCCGAGCCCACCUCCAGUGGCUGGGAGGGUCAGGCUCAGGGGCUGCGGGCACAGGCAGAGAGUGUGGUCCUCGGUGCAGGCUCCCCGCCCCUCGCCCACCCGGGUUGGCAGUGGCCUCAGGACAAGGGUCAGGGCGAGGUCACAGGUGCAGGGAGGAGGAGCAGGACUCCGAGAGUGAGAAGGGCCUGUUCCCCGAGGGGCCUGAGGAGGAGGAUGGAGACGCCUUCUCCUUCAAGUACAGCCCCGGGAAGCUGAGGGGGAACCAGUACAAGAAGAUGAUGACCAAAGAGGAGGUGGAGGAGGAGCAGAGACUGCAGAAGGAACAGCUGGCCGCCAUCUUCCGGCUCAUGCGGGACAACAGCGAGACGUUCGGGGAGAUGUCGGAGGGCGACGUGCAGGAGCAGCUGCGGCUCUACGACAUGUAGGCCGGCCCCGCCGCCACAGCGCCUCUGCUUCCACACCUCUGUAGGCUUAGUUUUGUCUUAGACGUCUAGACUGCGUUGCGUGGAUUUGUCGAUUGUUCUGUAGCAUCAGCCAAGACCGUCUUCGGCUUCUGCCUGCUGGUGAGGUCCCAGCUGUUGCGUAGGGCAGGGCCUGAGGCUGUUGCCAUAUUUUUUAAGAUUUAUUUAUUUGAAAGGCAGAGUCACAGAGAGAGGGAGAAGAGAGAUCUUGCAUCUGCUGGUUCGCUCCCCAAAUGGCCACGAUGGCCAGGGCUGGUCCACGGUGAAGCCAGGUGCCAGGAGCUCCAUCCAGGCCUCCCCAGUGGGUGGAGGGGCCCAGUCGACCAUGCCCUCGCGCCUGCAGGGGGGUGCGUUCCCAGGACUGGACUCUGGAGACGCCACCGGACACACAGCCCACGUCACAGUACCUGGGUUCAAACCCUGGCUCCCAUUCUGCCUCCUGCUUCCUCCCAGCGCCCACCCUUGGAGACAGCAAACGGUGGCCCUGAGAGCUGGUUCCCUGCCACCCCGUGGGAGACUGGAGCUGAGUUCGCCAGCUGUGGCCUGGUCCAGUCCUGGCUGCCGCGGGCAUUCGGGAAGUGAAUCGGAGGAUCGGAGUUUUCUGUCCCUCUGCCUCUCAAAUAAAAACAACUUUUUAAAGUAAAAAGAAGACGGGCCGAUGUGUGGGGACAGAACCUUAGCAGAAAGCGUUCAACAAGGUGCCCACGUGGAGCGCCCGGGGUACCGGGUGUCGCCCCGCUCCGGUGAGCGGGCGAACGAGUGACGUCGACGACGAUGAUGGAAAUGGUGGUGGCCCCCUUGCGCCACGGGGGCUGAGGGCCUCCCUGGCAGGAAAACCCACAGUCUGCAAGAGGCAGCCCACGCAAGUUCUUAGAAAUAGUUUCCGAAUAAAGCUGAAUGACACUGCACAGAAUGAGUGCCGUGCA